AUGGAUCUUGAACCCGAUUCAUCGUUCAUCGGGCUUUCUGCAGUUUCCGGUGACAAACUCGCCGGAGUGGGGCUCGGUGGGCUUUUCGUGGAUGGGAAAACCAUUGGGGCCUCUACUGGUGUUGCCGAACUGGAAGGAAUACUCGCCGAUGCCUCUGGAGUCGCUGCAGUAGCAGGACCCUCAGCCACUGGUGGUGUAGCCUCCGGGGCCAAAGUCGGAGCGGUCACAGGAGUUGCAGCAGGAGUGGAAACCGAUGGGGGUGGAGUUGUUGGAGAUAAAGCCGGUGGGGAUCCACUAGGAGAUGGGGCAGCAGCAGUAGGAGUCGACAUUGCAGGGGGGAUUUUGGGAGAUUUUGAAGGUGAUGAAGAAGGAGAAGUGGCCGGAACACUUGUAGGAGAAGAGGCUGGAGAUUUAGCCGGAACACUUGAAGGAGGAAAGGUAGGAGAUUUCGAGAGGGGAGAAGUCGCCGGAACACUUGUAGGAGAAGAGGCUGGAGAUUUAGCCGGAACACUUGAAGGAGGAGAGGCAGGAGAUUUCGAGAGGGGAGAACUCGCCGGAGGCUGUGAUGAUUUAGAUGGCGAAGGGGCAGGCGCAUUGUCUGCAUGCGCCAUGAAAGAGGGAAGAUGCAGCGGAGAUGGAGGUUUAGUGUGCGUAGAGAGAGCGAGAGGGAUAUAUAAACGCGGUGGUUUCACGGCAAAUGUGACCGUUGGAAUUGGAGAGUGGGGGUGGGGUACUUUGUAG